AUGGGAGACAGCGAUUCGAAGCCGCGCUGCGUGUUUACGCCAGAAGUCGACCAGUACUUCUAUCAGACGCCGCCCUCAGAUGGAGAGAUCUUCCUGAAAAUACGCGAAAACAAAGGCCCUGGCCAAGUUGAUAUCGCUAAACUCUGGCGCUUGAAGUUGAGCAGUUAUAAGCAGAAAGUUUUGGGCACCGUUGAGCGGCAAUCAGGCCUGCUCGAGAAGUUAGAUCAACUACGUGCCUUCCCCGGUCUCUGGAACGGCUUCCAGUUGGGCAAUAUAGAGAAGCAUCUGAAGCUGCACACCCCUGAAGAAGUUUCGCACUACCUUCAACAUGUGCACAAGACCUGGCAGUUGAUUACCCUGGACGAUCCCACGAUACAAAAAGCAACAGAUUUUCAAACUGUCAAGCGAUUGGAACUACUUGCGCCAGCUAUUUUUUCAGCUGAUGGUGCAGAAGUACGGAGGUUGAUCAGCGACGGGACGCUCUUCCCAAGCGUCUCGGCACCGAGUGUACGGGCCAGGAUACAAGAUGCGAUGCUUCAGAUUGUCGGCUUAAUUCCCAGCAUCACGACUUUCCAUCAGAACAUGAUGUUAUUGAGUAUCGUUGCGAAGAUCUUGCGAAGGCAUAUCGUCGGUGAUGCAAGAAGUGGAUCGCUACGCUCUGCUAUGAUGGGCUGCUGGCAGGCACCGGAAAAGAUGCUCAUAGAGGAAGCCGAGAACUCUUUCUAUAAGCUCCAUUUCCCACCGUCCUUCGACCUAGCAUACCGCCAAGUCUUCAUGUCAGCCCUACGCCACUUUUCACGCCUCUCAGUUGUAGGCCCUCGUUGUGAGAGAGGCCAAAGUAUGAAUGCGGCCAUGGUUGACGAUCAAUACUUGGCCCAAUUCUUGCGCGGAGCUUGGAAGCAAGGUUUCCGCUCGGUAAAGAUUGAGGCCACACUUGCAAAGUUGCGCGACUGCCUGCCUCCGCAAGCAAAGGUAGACCCAGGAGCCCCUAGCCCUGAGAAAGCACUCGAACGGAGAUCCGGCAGGCCGUUCUCAAACUCAGCCGCUGUAUUGUCGUCGUCAUUCUUUCUGCCCAAUACCUUCACUGCAGAACAAAGCGAAUACCCUUCCACCAUUUUCGUUCUGGAGGACUUCAUGCGUUCCUUUUUCGAGGGAGGAUCUUCGGAGAUGCGUCCUAUCGCCACGGCGUCCGGCGGCUGA